UCCGUGACGUCAGAGCAGUAAGACGCUGGCCGAAAGUCGCGAAAGGCCACUGCGCUUCUCGCAGAAGACUAGUGUUAGAGCGCAUGUCCCCACUUUUUAACUCAAUAUUUGUUUUUUUAAUUCGCUCGGUGGCUCUUUCAAAUAGCCUGUGACAUUUCCAAGCCGUUUAACCUUGAAGUGAGUUUAUGUAAGUCGCCUUUUAACUCUCUGAGCCCUGAAUUGGUGGGUUGACCCUCGACAUGGGUAUUAGCUAGCUUAGCUAACUAGUCACCAAGAAACCGAAUAACGGCGAGUCAGAGGGUUUGUGUCACAGUUUUAUCGCUUUUAAAUAUAGUUUAUGUUCCUGGAGUCGAGCUCUCUGAGGCAAAUCUUCGCCUUGGGUGUUGCCGAAGAAGGACUGAAGUUCGGGAGAAGUAGCUAGUUGUUUAAGCAAAGGAAGAAAAGAGGUGGGAGAUGUUGACUAACGCCAACAGUCCGCCGAAGUUUCCAAACCAGCAACAGCAGCAACAACAGAAUCCAGCCCAAUUCGUGUUGGGAAAAGCCUCACUUCAGAUCAAGAAAAAUGCCAUAAUCGACGAAUACAAGGUCACUAGUCAAGUACUGGGACUGGGCAUCAAUGGCAGGGUACUGGAGAUCUUUCACAAGAGGAGUGGGGAAAAGUAUGCUUUAAAGAUGCUUCAUGAUUGUCCCAAAGCUAGAAGAGAGGUGGAAAUGCACUGGCGGGCUUCCUCCUGUACCCACAUCGUCAGAAUUGUUGACGUCUAUGAAAAUCUCUACCAAAACAGGAAGUGCCUUCUUAUUGUAAUGGAGUGCAUGGAUGGAGGUGAGCUGUUCAGUCGGAUUCAGGACAGAGGGGACCAGGCAUUCACUGAGAGAGAGGCUUCUGAUAUCAUGAAGAGUAUAGGAGAGGCCAUUCAGUAUUUACAUGCGAUAAACAUCGCACACCGAGAUGUCAAGCCAGAGAACCUCUUAUAUACCUCUAAAAGGCCCAAUGCCCUUCUCAAACUGACAGACUUUGGAUUUGCAAAAGAGACAACCACACACAACUCUCUGGCAACCCCUUGCUAUACUCCUUAUUAUGUUGCCCCAGAGGUUCUUGGUCCAGAAAAGUAUGACAAGUCCUGUGACAUGUGGUCUUUGGGUGUCAUCAUGUAUAUUCUGCUCUGCGGUUACCCACCUUUCUAUUCCAACCAUGGACUGGCUAUAUCCCCUGGUAUGAAGAAACGAAUUCGUAUGGGACAGUACGAGUUUCCAAAUCCUGAGUGGUCGGAUGUCUCAGAGGAAGCUAAACAGCUUAUCAGAACAUUACUGAAAACUGAGCCAACACAGAGGAUGACCAUCACAGAGUUCAUGAACCACCCCUGGAUCAAUCAAUCAAUGGAGGUACCGCAGACACCCCUACACACCAGCCGUGUUCUGAAAGAAGAGAAAGACACAUGGGAGGAUGUCAAGGAGGAAAUGACUAGUGCCUUGGCAACAAUGAGAGUCGACUAUGAGCAAGUCAAAAUCAAGACGAUUGAAGACUCGUCCAAUCCGCUGCUGAUGAAGAGGAGAAAGAAAGCCAACAAUAUGGCUCCUGAAAAUGAGACGCCUGCUUGCUAAGGACACGUUCACUCUGUCGCACAUGCACACACAUUUUACACUCGAAUAUUAGUUGGAUUUAAGGAAGCAAUAACUCAAAAAAUGUUUUUUUUUUUUUUUUUUUUAUUAAAUAUCUUUUUAAUCACUCAACAUCUGUAACUAAUAUACCACUUUGCUACCAAAAGAGAGGGGCUGUACAAUUAUGAUACAAGACAUUACAUUUUGGAGGUGUGAUGCAGUCGACAUCCACCAAUUUGCUCCUUAAAGUGUUCACGAGUACUGUUUUUCACAUGGUGUUUAUUGGGGUAAUCAGAUCAAUCUUUUGGCUUUUAUUUUUCCUUUUUCUCUCAUUUUUAAAUCAAAAGCCAUUGGUACAUGAGUUCAUGAGUUGUACACGCAUUUACCACUGUUUGUUUUAAUGAUGUUCCAUUCUGAGUUACGGGAUGGCCUGUAAAAUAAUUUGCCCUGUAAUAGGAUGAUUGUUCAGUUUCCUUUGUUCUGCUCAUGUUCUGAGGAGCCUAUGCAUAAUGCUAGCUUUCCUGUUUGUUCUUCAUUACAUUUGUCAUUCAUUUCUGCACUUGAAUGCUCUUUUACAGUAAGACUAGUUCCAAGAGAUGCUGUCAGUACUGGUGUCCAGAUGAAAAUGUAUUUCUGAAAUGACUCUUUGAAUGUAGACACACUCUGUUCUUUACUGUGAAAAUGUCUGUCAGUAUUGUUCAGGGUCCUGUCAAAGUAAAAGAUCUUUUUUGAGCUUUAGAUCCAAUUAGCCUUAUGUUGGUCAUCAGAUUGAGUGGAAAAAUUCAUAUUGCUCUGCUUUCACAUUGAUAUUUGAUCAAGCUUAUCAUGGUAAGCCAGUCCAGCACAUUUUUUUUUUUUUUUUUUUUUCUCAGCCCUCUGCUUAAUCCAUGCUCGGCAAUAUGCUUAUUGCACACUGCUUUGAUUUGCCUUGAAUCGAUUCUAUGCAUAUUUGUUUCCAGCUAGUUUAUCCUCAGAGAUUUGUAAAGUUAACUUGUACUCUGGCAUUUUAUUUCAAAAAUACCUAUUAAAAUAAUCAGUAGACAUAGUCUACUGGUUUUUAACCCACCA